AUGCCACUCAGGCUUGUGUCAGUGGAAGAGCCUUUCGCUCAAUGGGGCCUUGAUUUUAUCGGAAUGAUCAACCCCCCCAGUUCAACCAGACAUAAGUGGAUCCUGACUGCUACUGAUUAUUUCACAAGAUUGUCUAAAGUCAUUCCUUUACGGAAUUCAUCAGAAAGUGAGGUGCUGGCUUUCCUAGAAGACCUGGUGUGUCGAUAUGGUUCCUCAAAAACUGUUAUAGUGGAUAAUGCGUGUGCAUUCACAGGCUCACGAAUUACCCAAUUCACCCUCAGCAGAGGUUCUAAAUACAAGAUGGAGUGUCAACACCACUUAAGAAGCACAUUAUGGGCAGACCGCAUAACACCCAAGCAGACUCUAAAAAACUCCCCAUAUAAGCUGGUAUACGGAAAGGAUGCACUUUUCCCUAUGUCGCUAGAGAUCCCAACAUUGCAAUUACUAAAAUCAAUGGAAUUGGCUGAAAAUGGCCCUAUGGCCGUAAGAUUGGUAGAGAUUAUGGAGCUACAAGAAGCAAGGGAGGCUGCCUUCACGGCUCUACAAGACAAACAAGAAGUUGUCAAAAUAUGGUUUGAUAGUAAAAAGAGCUCUGAUCUGGUCUUCAACCUCAGAGACCUCGUAUUGAAAUAUAAUGAGAGGGCGAUGAAGCUUGGUCAGUACGCCAAGUUCGAUUGCCUAUGGGAGGGACCUUUCUGCAUUCUAGUAUCAGGCAAGCAAGAAGAGAAGGAAGAGAAAGUAGAGAAAGGAGAAAAGCGAAAGGUUCAUUAUAUUAAAAACAUUUUUGUAUUUUCAUUACAAAAUGAGUAG